AUGCAACCUUCUUCUAUCAAAGGCCUUUUAGCAGGAGUACAGUUCCACCUGCGGUGUUUGGAUCCAUCUGCCGGCAGCCUGCUUGGAAGCCCUUCAAUCCAGCUCCUGCUGAACGGAUUUAAGAAAGAGAAACCCAAAGGCCAAGAUAUCCGUCUUCCUUUCACAUUACCUCUCUUGCAUAAAUUAAUCACGCAUUUGAAAAAAGGGUGUUUUGGGCCAUAUUCAGACUUACUUUUGGAAACAGUCUUUCUCACAGCUUUUUAUGGUUUCCUUAGAGGUGGAGAAUUUACUACUCACACUAAACGUUUCGACCCGUCUCACGACCUCUCCAUAGCCGACGUUACAGUCCACAGUCACAAUUUCAGUGUCUUUCUUAAACAUUCCAAGACAGAUAGAGACAGGAAAGGGACCACUGUUCUCAUAGCUCAAACUAAUUCUCCUUUCUGUCCGUUUGCUUCCAUGACCCGCUACCUGAAAAGCCGUCCCCGAGCAAGCCAGCACGAGCCGCUGUUUGCCACGGAGAAAGGGGAACCCAUGACCAAAGCCUGGUUUGCUACCCGCCUCCGCCUCCUCUGCCAGUCCUGCGGACUUCCUCCAGAUCGCUACACGGCUCAUCCUUUUUGCAUAGGCGCAGCUACAACCGCAGCUAUGACGGCUCCAGUGUCCACCCUCAAAGCCAUGGGCCGAUGGUCUGCCGCGUACGAACGCUAUCUGCGCCCCGAGGCUCAGAACAUUCUAGACAGUGGCGGCUGCUGGUCUUUCAAGGAGGGGAAGCUUCUUCUUUUUCUGGCCUACAUCAUAAUUGUGUUUGUUUAUUUGUAUGUAACAGAACAGAGUCGCCAAACACAACGGCAGUCGUUUUUAACAAAGACAAAAGUCGCUGAGGAUCGGUAAAGUCUCCAGAGCAGUUAAGAACAACGGAAUGAAUAACUUGGAAAAUGCUCUGGUAGAUGUUUUAUUCUUCAAGAUCGCUGAUUCGCUUAUUUAGCUGUCAAUCAAAAAAGGAUUUCGCCUCAGACAGCACAUCCAAUCAUCGAUGCAGAAGCUCAGCGUCCGCGAGAAAGUUGGGACCGCCUUCUCGUCAUAGAACCCCAGAGAUGCUGAGCGUCCGAUUGGCAGGACAAAGCCCAGCAUUUAUCCAAUGAGAGUCUAGUUUCGCUGCUGGAACAACCCACUUUGAGCUUCCACAUUGAAGUCAGCAGACGCUGAGUGUCCAGCUGUGUGAAGCGCUGAGGCGCUGCGAGGAUGAAUGAGAACAAAGUUAUGCCGGUUAUCUGUGAUUAUCUACCUGUGAUUAUCAGCUUCUUAUCACAGUGUGAAGGAAGGGCAGGGACCCGGAACAGAAUCAUGCCGCCAAAUUUAACUUCUGAUCUGAUCUGCAGCCAAAGGCUAGUAGCCACCUCAACCAGAUGAUAACCAGCUGAUUCACUCCUAGCUCCUAUUGGUCCUUUGCCUAUAGAGCGCCUUAUUUUAAAGUGCACUAACCCAGCCUCUUCCUCUGCUCUGACAGCUAACCAGCAACCCACCGCCACCCCAGCUCCACCCUUGUGCCAGCUAAUUGCUCCGCUACCCUUGAUGCGCUCCUGUUCGGGGGGGUUCUGUUCAUCGCUGCUCUGCCCCCGCCGCCUCCGCCUUCAUGAUGGCUCGUGGAUGGCAGGAAGGGGCAAUUCCUGCCGCUGGCCUUUCACCCAUGCCAACGUGGAGAACGGGGGCCCUGA